AUGGAUGAAGAAUCAGAACAACCACCACCACCUGACGCGAUGUCAUCUCCAGAUGCAAUUCAUUAUUUAGACCCAACUCAAGGAGAGGAAGAAGAAGAAGGCGAUGAUUAUGACUUCGACGAUGUUCCAGACGAUUCAGAAGACAUCCUGACUCCUCAGAACCCUUCCAGAAGACGUCGAGCAUUUAAACCCCCUCUUCCACCAAUGCAGAUCCCUAUUCCCUCUUUACUUUCUACUGUUAUCAAAGAGGAAUCCUCUAUGUCACUUUCUGAAUCCUCGGAGAUGUCAGAAUGUCUUAAUUUGGAAGGGAUGACUACUUCAUCAUUGAUGGGACCGCCAAUGUUGCCUCACAUGCAAGUGCCACGUAUCAGGAAACCGUGGGGAAUCGAUGAAGUGAACGCUUUCUAUGAUGGAAUUAAACUUUUUGGAAAGGACUAUGAUUCGGUCGUGAAGCUGAUGGCAAAACGGAAAUUCUUCAAAUUGAAAGAACAUGUAAAAACAUUUUUCUUCAACUCAGUGAGGGCGUAUCGAGCAAUUUUGCAGUGGACAGACGAUGAUCUACCACAAAUUCCACGCGAUGCUCGUGAGCUAUUUCUGAUAAUCAAUGCAUGUGAAUGGAAGAAGCGAACGGCGAGUAUGAAAGUCACUGCGUCGAAAUUCAAAGAACUUCUUCACGAAGGAGUUGUUAAUGUGAGAGCUGCAAGAAGGGUUGUUACAAUUCGAACACCCCCAUGUCCGGCAUUGUGUAGAUACUUUAGCGUCAAAAAAGCUGACAAAAUCCCAUCGGAAGUCUACGUUCAUCUAGAACCAACCAGCAAUGGAGACCACGUUUUCAUGCGAAAUCGGGAUCAAAACCCGUAUCUUCGUGUGAAACUGAACACAAACGAUCGAAUUAUGAAACUGUUAGAAUUUCUUCACAAAAAAUGGUCAGCAGGAAAUGAACAGUCACCUGUUUCAGUGACUUUAUGGCCAGAUUCGUCUUGUGAAUUGGCGAGUUUAAGUGUGCAAACAGUUGAGAAUUCGCCAUUUAUAUCUCUAUCUAUGAACAAAUUAAUAAAAAACGCUGAGGAAUUAAAAAAGAAAAUGGAACCAGAGAAGCCAGAACCAGGAUUGAAGUUUGGAGUGGAAGUGAAUACAGCUCAAAAGAACAAACCUCUGACUACCGUAGUCUUCCCACGCCCGUUUGUUCUCACAGACUCUGUGGUCAAUGAGGGACUUAAUUUCGGAAAUGUUCGAAGUGCUAUCGUUGCUGAGCUAUAUUGUGUAUGUGGGCGCAAAAAUCCAAUCAAAUUACGAUAUCAAGUACAGUGUGAUAAACCGGAGUCUCGUUCCACGGAACCAUGGAAAUUGAUGAUUGGUCUAUUGGGAAGAGGAUAUGGAGAUUGUUUGAAGGAAAAGAAAAAGAAUAGUGUUGUGGACGCUCCACCAGCUAAAAAGCUCAAACCCGUUAACAUUCCCACCGUCGUCGUCGAUCCUCCACCCGUUCUACUCGCUCCACCAACACCACCACCACAACCUCUGCCACCACCACUACCACCAUCAUUACCACUUCCAUCGUCACUGCCACAACCACUGGCAUCCCCACUAUUACGUGAAUUGAAGGUUCCGAUACCAACUGUUCCUCAAAUAACAAUCGAGUCGAAUAUCGUUCGCCAAGAGAACGAAGAGUUCGAAUCUCAAUUGGCAUCUCUUCGUAAAAUGAACCGCAAAAAAACUCAAAUCACCAAAAAAGUUACAAGAAACCCUUCUCUGGCAACUGGGAAUCCUCAUUUUGCUGCUCGUCCUACUGUGGAUGCUCCAACUUCAAAUACCACUGAUUCUCAAAUCCAAAAAGUUUUCGUGGCCCCAAAAUGUACGAUAGUUCCUAAGAAAUCUACUCCGACUGUCAACAGAGGUAGCGACGAGUCUCCACAUUCGACAGUCAAAAACGUGGCGAAAUUACCCAUCUCCCCUCUUGUCGAAGUUCCGCCAACAUCAACAAUCACUAAAGCUACAGUAAUACCGAAUGCUAUAAAAAGAACUCCGGUAAUCCAGAAUGUUAAACAUAAUGUUCCGGAUAACGAGCCAAGUACGAGUGCGGGACCUCCUGUUCCGAAAAAGCCUCCAAUCGAUUUUUCAUCUGUGAAAAUGGGAUUAUCACCGGCGAAAAAAUUGACAGAAGCGGAGAUUCAGAAGAAGAGACAAGAAGAUUUUUGGUCAUCGUUGAGGACACCACAACACACACCUCAGCAGACGCCAAAAAAAACCGUAUUUCAACAAUACUUCGGAGACGAUCUAUCAAUGUCGCCCAACUCCACUCGACACGCUUCUCAACCGGCUGACACAACUUCUGCAUCAGUCAUCGACUUCACGGACAUGAUGUAUGAGCACAUCAAGGAUCAUGGCGAAUCGCUGCUUUCAAAUCCAGCACUAGACUUCUCAGUUACAGAAGUUCAACAACACUAUCAAGAUAUGAUGUCGUCAUCACAAAACUCGCAUGACUACAUUUUUGGACAGUUUGGAAAGAAAAAUGGUGUCAAAAGAAAAAAAUAG